AUGAGUCCCAUUCCUAGCAUCGAGCGCAAAUGGAGAGAGGGUGAGGUCGUACCCAAGCCCAGCAACCCGGAGGAACUCAUCCUGGAAGCAUGGGCGCAAGGUUAUCUCGUGGGUUCGCUCAUCAUUAUGGCGUUCAUCACGUUGGCAAACAUGAGGCGCGGCGUCCUGUUGCACAAGCUCAUCCUUGGUAUCUGGCAAGGAUUCUGGUUGUUUUUCCCCAGCCCAGUUCACGCGUGGUGGCUCUCCGUUGCCGCCAUCUUCUUGAACGCCUCUUGGUCUCUGCACAAUGUCAUUGCCUGGAUGAAGAUCAAGCCAUUCCUCUCGAAACCUGUCAGCUACAUCUUUAUCGGUACUGUCGUGCUUGUUCAACCCUACUGGGUUGUGGAGAUUUACGCCAACUUCGCCUACUUUCAUGGCGUCAACGAGAUAUUCCUGAAAACACGACCAUAUGAGGCGCUAUGCCGCGAUCCCUGGUGGAUUCUCACCACCAUCUACCUUUUCUGGGUCAUCAAGACGCAAUAUGAACUGAGCCUCAAGGAAAUCAUACGCAUCUCGCCGCGUUUUGGUAUCAUGCUACUAUCAAUGCUGCUCAGCAUAAUCUUCAUCGUCUUGGACAUUUCUACAGUCACCAAGGCUAUCAAACUCCCAGGAGCCACAGGCAUCAACCCCUUUUGGAAGUUUGCAUUUGUCUUCAAGUGCCUGACGGAUUCCGUCGUUCUCGACGAUUUCAAGGUGGCGCUCGACCGCCUGCGAGCUUUCCGCAUCAGCCGACUAGGCAGCUUCUCGGGCGACCCAAGCGACAGCCGGAGUCGUAACGACAACAACCUCGUCGCCACCUGGGAAGAGAUGGAAAGGGAAGCAAACGCGCUACAGAACGUGCGCAGCCCAGACGGCGACUACAUACAUCCCAGCAACUUCCCACUGAAGCCAAAACGUGCGCGAAGGCCUCAGAAAGACUCCGUCAUGUUCCCCAACCAGCCGGAUUACCGAGACUCAAACGCUGGGCUGGAUCCAGAGGAUAUCGUACCCAGCAUGCUGGGCGAUGGCCCUACAGGAGCAGAUGCACAACCCGUGCAGAAGAAACAACAUCAGUUUAUCGACGACAUGGUCAACAGUAACAGCAGAGACAUGGCUGCGGAGAAGGACUAUGCCGAGGCGAUGAGAGACAUGCAGCGAGAUAGUGUCUCAACACCCCGACGGACGAGCGAGUCUCCCCGUCGACCACCUCCGCCAGGCUGA